GUCUCGUGUAAAAUCUCUGCAGGAAAUAAUAAAGUCUCUGUCACGACAACAUUCUUUUUUUUUUCGUCAAACACAAUGGCCCAAUCCAUACAAGACAAAGCCCAGCACUUUUUAGAGUGUGGCAUUCAAGACUGUGAGUCAAACUGUGAAUUUUACUGCAAUUCUUGCCACCAACCAAUGUGUCAACAAUGUAGAGAUGAACAUUUAAAAAAUCCAAAAACAAAAAUCCAUGAAGUGGUCUUAUACCAACUACGGAAACGUCAACUUCCUGUUAAGAAAUGUGAGAUCCACCCCACCAAGGAUAUAGAUCUUCUCUGUGAAGAAUGUAAAAUCCCUUUAUGUUCCAAAUGUGCUGCCACUCCAGAACACAGAGGCCAUGCCUUCACUGAUUUAGAGACCAUCUAUGCUGAGAAGUUUUCAUUUUGCCAAGAAGAAAACUUCAAAAUUCAAGAAUAUUUCCUGCCAACAUCACAUGAUUUACAGAAGAAAAUUAAGGAAGAUACAACAGAAAUCAAGAGGUUUAUACACAGCAUAAGAAAUUCCAUGAACUCUGAUGUAGAGUCUCUUAAAGAUCAGGUAGAUAAAUUGCAUUCAAAGAACAUGAAGCAGCUAGACCAGAUAGAACACUCACUGCUAGAAGAUUUAAAAACCCAGGAUCAGAUGUUCGAUACUUAUAUAAUUUAUCUCAACAAUCUCAUUAAAAAGAUCCACGGAUUCCUCUCCUUAUCAGAUCCAACAGAGGUAACAGGACUCUCUUUGUUUGAUUUGAAAAUCCAACCAAUUCCAGAAACGACUAAACCACUACCGCUAGUAUUUACUAGUGGUAAAUAUGAUGAGCAAGAUGUUGAUAAUUUAAUGGGUAAAAUAAGUAUUGCCGAGAUGAAACCAGAAACAAGAGAAAUAAAGCCUAUGGAAAUUCCAAGAAAAAAUACAGAUAAACAGUUUAACUCUGACAAAGUGAAAUUUCCAGUGGGUCAAGCACAUCCUUUAACUUCCUCUCAAGUCAGGACAUUCAUUGUACCAGGUGUUAAAGAGGUCUUCCAUAUGUCACUGGACCAAUCAGACAGACUUUGGGUCAGCGACCUGCGUGGUAAUCUUGUUCAAAUAGAUUUACAGGGGAAUCUGUUACAGAAGAUACAGACUAGUAAAGGGCACGGUUACCACACAGUGACACAGACUGGGGAUCUGAUCUUUACAGACAAAGAAAAGAAAGUCAUCAAUAGGAUAACACUGGAUAAGAAAAGCAGUAAAUUCAUUAAAACAGGAGCCUGGAGACCAAUCAGCAUACACUCCUCUAAAAUCAACGGGGACUUACUGGUGGGGUUGGUAUUUAAUGAAGAAGCAAAAGUGACCAGGUACAACAAGAAAGGAAAAGAAUUACAGAUCAUACAGCAGAAUAACGAAGGAGAAGAAUUGUUUAGUUAUCCACACUACAUUGCAGAAAAUAUCAAUGGAGAUAUAUGUACAUCAGACGUAAAUAAGAAGAUGGUGGUGGGGGUGAAUAAAUUAGGACAGCACAGAUUUUCCUACCGAGGUGAAAGGUUAAGGUUCUGUCCUUUUGGAAUCUGCACUGAUGUCCUUGGUCACAUAUUUGUGUGUGAUAAAUUCCAAGUUCAUGUACUUAAUCAGGAUGGCAAGUUCUUAUAUCUUCUACUCACAAGACAUUUAAUGAUUGAUCCCAGCAGCGUGUGUGUGGAUAAGAACAACCUUUAUGUUGGGGCAGAUAACGGUGCUUCAUUUGUAAUGUACAAUCAUCUUGAACAGUGAUUUAACUUUCUUUCCUAAACUAGCAGAUAUGUGGAUGUCUUUUUGUACUUUUAACAAUAAAAAGUUACAUGGUCUCAUUUCCAAGAAGUGGAAUGUCUUUCGACGGGAGAAAAAAGUCUUUGUAAAAGAUAUUAAGUACAUACAUAU